CUCCUCCCUCCUGCCUAUUUCCACCUAAGAGGAGAGGUGGGGAGGACAUCAGUCACAGCUGUCGCCUCUCUCAGCCCUUCAGACCCCUCUGCCUGGCCCAGGACAUCCCCAGGAAGGGACACUGAGAGCUGCCAGCAUGGUGUGUGGAGGCUUCACCUGCUCCAAGAACUCCCUAUGUGUGCUGAACCUGCUCUACAUUAUGGUCAGCCUCCUGCUGAUUGGAGUGGCAGCAUGGGGAAUCGGAUUCGGCCUCAUCUCCAGCUUCCGUGUGGUCGGUGUGGCUGUGGCUGUCGGGAUCCUCUUGUUCCUCAUCGCCCUCGUCGGACUAAUUGGGGCCAUUAAACAUCACCAGGUGUUGCUGUUCUUUUACAUGAUCGUUCUUUUCUUGGUGUUUGUAGUCCAGUUUUCAGUCUCCUGCGCUUCCUUGGCAUUAAACAAAGAUCAGCAGAAUGAGCUCCUGGAGAUGGGUUGGAACCAUACGGCAAAUGCCAGGGCUGACAUGGAGAAACACCUGGACUGUUGCGGAUUUCAUAGCUUCAAUGAAAGUGAAUCCUGUGGGGCAAAAUGUUUUCAAACUCGUAACUGUGAGUCGACGUGUGGCUCUAUCAUUGAGAAGCAUGCCGAAGAGGUGCUGAGAGUUGUGGGUGGAAUUGGUUUCUUCUUCAGUUUUACAGAGAUCCUUGGUGUUUGGCUGACUUACAGAUACAGAAAUCAGAAGGACCCGCGAGCCAAUCCCAGCGCCUUCCUCUGAUGGCAAUACCAUUUCUAAGACUGCUUGUUUCCUGUACACUACUGAAUCCUCUACAGCGUCUCGGUUGCUGUGGUUAUUCUAUUCCUUUUUUUUUUUUCGUGUCUGAAGGACGUGACGACUAUAAACCUUUUUUUUUGGUUUUCUUUUAAAAGGGACUUAAAAUACCAAUAAGUAAUUUAUGUUUCAACACUUGAAGGAAAAAGAUAAAAUAUUGAUCCUGUCACUUAGCCUCUGUUACUAUGAAAACACUUCUGAAACUCAAAUGUCGAUUAAAAAAAACACAACUAUGUAUUAAAGUACGGAGUGUGAUAAUCCAGAAGAA